GUUCGGUCACUAUCAGCUUUAGGGAUGUAGUCGAUGCGGCUUGAGCUCCGUCUGUCCGAGCUCGUCAAUAUGAAGAAACAUUCGGCCCGGGUCGCGCCGCUGUCCGCCUGUAACAGCCCGGUGCUCACCCUGACCAAAGUGAGAGGGUCCAAUCUGAAGUGAUGACCAGCACCAGCUGGAGAAAUGGACUACAAAUCAACUCUGACUCACUGAUGAACUCAUUCUUCUGAGACCAAUGCGCGCUUGUUAUUGAGAUUGUCUUCUAUACAAACUUGGAACAGCACUGCCACAGAGCCCAAACAACGAGCUAGAAAACAUAUGGUGCUGUCAGCAUUAAUGAAUGGUAAUUUCUGAAGGACUUUAUCAUGCAACAGAAAAACAUCUGCCACUCUUAUCAGUUCUGGACAGCUUGGGAGUUUGGCAUUGGGGAGGACCGGCCGAGGGAGAACGCCAUGGGCAACGCAGAUGGACAGGCGAUGGUGGGCGGAGCAGGGGUGGAGUCAGGGGCAGGAAGGCAGCGGUUACACUGCUGCAUUCGAGUCACAGCCGUUCAAGUGCGAAAAGCAAUAUGGGGCGUGGCCAUGGUGAUGUGCGUGUGCUCAUCAUGGGCAGGCUCCACCCAGCUGGCAAAGCUGACCUUCAAACAGUACGACGCACCGUUCACUCUCACAUGGUUCACCACCACGUGGAACUGCCUCUUCUUCCCUCUGUAUUACAUCGGCCACCUGUGCAAGAGUCCUGAGAGACAGACACCAAAACAGAGGUUUAGAGAGUGCUGUCGGUUCUUCGGGGACGAUGGACUGACGGCGAAGGUAUUCUUUACUAAAGUGGCCCCUUUCGGCCUGCUGUGGAUUAUGACAAACUACCUGUACCUUCAGGCUCUGAGAAAGAUCAACAGCACCGAUGUAUCAGCCCUCUUCUGCUGUAACAAAGCCUUUGUCUUUCUCCUGUCCUGGAUCGUACUGCGGGAUCGCUUCAUGGGUGUCAGGAUUGUUGCUGCCAUUCUGGCCAUCGCUGGAAUCGUGAUGCUGACCUACGCUGAUGGCUUUCACAGUCACUCUGUUAUCGGCAUAACGUUUGUAGUGGCCUCUGCAUCUGCCUCUGCCCUCUAUAAGGUGCUCUUCAAGCUUGUCUUGGGCAGUGCCAAGUUUGGAGAGGCGGCUCUGUUUCUGACCAUUGUCGGAGGUGCAAACUUUGUCUUAUUGAGCUUUGUGCCAGUUAUACUGUACUUCACACAUGUUGAGUACUUCACAUCCAUAGCUGAUCUUCCCUGGGCCUACCUGUGUGGAGUAGCUGGACUCUUACUAGCAUUCAAUAUUCUGGUGAAUUUUGGCAUUGCCAUUACAUACCCUACACUCAUUUCACUUGGCAUUGUGCUGAGUGUCCCAGUCAAUGCAGUGGUGGACCUGUACACCUGUGAUAUCCACUUCAACACAGUGCGGCUCAUCGCUGUGUUCAUCAUCUGUCUGGGCUUCCUGAUGCUGCUGUUACCAGAAGACUGGGAUCAGUGUUUGAUUGAGCUCGGCACCAAACUCAGAAAGCGGGAACAGACUGCUGAGCCGGCUGAGACUGGAACCAGUUCAGGACUCAAUUGGACCCGACGCGCCAGGACCUCCAUGUCCACGUUUUCCCACUGACACACACUCACCUUCUCCCAUACAGUGACUGAAUGAUGCUAGGACGAGCAUUCAUUCAUAAUAUUUCUCAGUCAACAAGGUUCCAUAGACCAUAAUGUACCAUAAUGCACAUUAUAUCAAAAACUGUCUGAAAGCAUUGUUUGCAGUUUUCCCAACUGUAAGUGGAUUUGAACAAUGACUUAGGUCUUUAUUUGAAACUCAAGAGCAGGGGUCUCAAACUACCAAUCCAUGGGUUUAUAGGGGAAGUCAUGGCCUAAUGGUUGGAGAGUUGGACUUGUAAUCCAUAGGUUGUGAGUUCGAGUCUUGGGCCAGCAGGGAUUAUAGGUGUGGGAGUGAAUUUACAGCGCUCUCUCUACCUUCAAUACCAGGACUGAAGUGCCCUUGAGCAAGGCACUGAACCCCCGAAAAGUUCCCUUGGCACUGCAGUGUGUGUGCAGUGUGACUUUGUCACUUUCACCUUCAAAUUUGACCCAUGAAUUAAGUCAUUAAGUGUUAAUAGGCUACCCUUAAAUCCAGCCCAGCUUUCAUUUUUUACACUUUGAAAAUGUAAACUUUAAUAAUAUUUCAAUUUUAUUUUAUAUACUGUUGUAAUUUAAUGCAAAUAAUGUAUUAUAAUUUAUUUUUAUAUAUUUCUUAUUCUCCACAUGGCUUUUAUAGGCCUAAAACUUGAAUGUAAAAUGACAGAAAAGUCAGAAAACUUUGGAUUACAUGCAUGUAAGACUAGAUGGCUAUUAUUACAAUCAGUAGAGUGGUUUACACUGGGAGCACUUGUUGUGGCAUCUUCAGUGGAUGGAAGAUUCUAUUUUUCAUGCACUACAGCUACUCCAACCUUUUUAUUUUGCCUGAUAUAUAUAAAAAUAUUUUUAUAUAUAUGUAGACUGAUUGCUAUCUAAGUCUUUUUAUAUUGAAAAAUGCCUGAUUGUUACGUCAAGGCCAGGUUGUGUUAUUUCCAAUCUUUUAAAUGGCACUGCUACCUGCCUCUGCAAGGAGGAAAGUAAUGCAAUAAUGCAAUUUCAGGCAUCAUUACUCCACUAACCAUGAGCAUCAUGCUAGGUAUGAAGGAAAGAUGUAUCCAUGCCUCAAUAACUGUAUGUAGUUAAAAUGUAAGGUCAUAAACCAUCAGGUAGUUGAAGAGUUUGAGACCUCUGCUCAAGAGACCCACAUAACCAAUGUCUCCACAAUAAAGAUUAGUUUCUGGUCUUGAGAUUGUUUAACUUCUCUUCGGAGCUCAGAGAAUCACAUCUGUGACUUUACAGCUUACAUUGUGUAUCUCUCUGGCACAAAUCACUGCGAGUGGCCAGUAGAACAUGUGCCAUACAUUAAUACAGACAUUAAGAACUGCUACUUGUGCCGUCUUCUUGCACAACAAAGAUCUACAUUACAACAGGUGCAUCUGAGGGAUUUCCCCUCCCAAUCUGUGACUGAAGAUGUUCUGGAUAAUAGCAAUCUCGAAGGUCUUGGUGGAAAGGUGAACCAGGAAUAGCAUCAGAAGACAGUGGUGCUGAGGUUGGCUGGAAUGCUGGUACAGUGCAAAUGCCUCAUACAAAGUUCUCCUAAAAUGUAAACGGAGAUAUUUGUGGGGUUAACAACAGCAUCCAGUCUGUUUAUAUUGAAGCUACAUGUAUGCUUUGUUUCCAUCACAUUUGUUUCUGAGUCACAUGCUAACCACUGUGAGGACACUUCAGCGGCAGUACUGGCAACUCGAAAAGGCAAUCAUCUGUGAGUUGUGUUAACAUAAAGGCUGCCGUGAGCAUCCUGUGAAUGUAUGACCAUUUCUGAAAAGUGCACCCACACUAUGUGCUUUGCAAAUGGUGGUGACUGGAACUGAUACGCCACCUUUACAUACACAAAACAUCCAGCAUUUCAUAAGACUGCUUUUCUUGAAAACUGCAUUGCAUUUUUUUUAUCCUUAUGGACUGUUCCUUUGGAAAGGAAUUAUUUCUACAGAAAAAUGCAUGCCGGAAAUGCCAAUAAAUGCUAUGAUGGCUUCACUGCCUUUUCUUUGAUUUGCAAUAGGAUCUCAUCAGCACUGUCUCCCAUUGUCAUUGUUACAAUGACAAUAAAUAUAAUAAUGUAUUCCUCUGGAAUUACUGCUAUAGCUAUUAUAUUGAUAUUAUUGUAAACCUUUGUAAGGAAUGAUUUUUACACUGAAACGCAUUCUGAUCACAUUUGAGGAAAAUGACAACAAAAAUAAAUGAAAACUUCAAUUUAAUAGA